UUCUCAAGUCUCAAGUCCCUAGUCUCAACUGCUUUCAUCUUCUCCUCCUUCUUCUUCUUCAUUAUCUGCCUUCAUUAGAAUUUCACAUCCAAUAAGAAAAGAAAGAAGAACAGGGAUGGAGCUAUAUUCAAGAAUGAUGGAAGAGAUAACGUUUCACACUGGUCUAUCUCCAACAGCCUUCUUCACCAUCGCAGCUCUGAUGGUUGUCGUUUAUAGAACUGUGUGUGGCAUGUUCGUUGCUCCUGAGGAUUUCAAUAAGCCUCCCACAAUCACUGCCUCUGCCACAAACAUCAACAUCAGCAACAACAGUUUCGGCAACUUGAACUUUAACGAUUCCACCAAUGAAAAACCUGUUCAUUUGGGAGAUGUCACUGAACAACAACUCAGAGCUUAUGACGGGUCUGACCCCAAUAAGCCCAUCUUAAUGGCCAUCAAAGGUCAGAUCUAUGAUGUCUCUACCUCCAAGAUGUUUUAUGGUCCUGGUGGGCCAUAUGCUAUGUUUGCUGGAAGAGAAGCCAGCAGAGCCCUUGCCCUUCUUUCUUUUAAGCCUCAAGACAUUAAUGGAAACCUUGAAGGCCUGGAUGCUCCCGAGCUUGAAAUUUUACAAGACUGGGAAGAUAAAUUUGAGGAAAAAUAUGUCAAAGUUGGUCAGCUUGUCCCUGAACCAAUGAGGACUGAGCAGACACAAAGUGGAGAUAAAUUUAAAGAGAGUUAGAACCAGCAAGGAAAAAGAAAAGCUCAAUAGAAGCUAUAUUUGUUGGUCUGAACAGCUUGCUUCCAUUUCCCUGAUCUUUUUCAUGCUUUGGGGGCAUAUCACUGAAGGUCUUUAUCUUGUAGUGACUUACUGAUGGGUAGCUGCAACUUAAUGAGACUAAGAGGUGAUUUGUUAAAUAUGUGAGACCUUUGAAUUCUAUUUCUAGGAACAUGAUUUGUAAAUAUGUUUAAGAUAUGUUGUAGUCAGCAUGACAUGCACAAUAUGCUCCUUCCCUGUUGAGGAAUUUUCUUUUGGAUACUAGUAAUGCCUGCAAGGCUACUAUGAAGUGUCAUAAUAGUAGAACAGGCUGAAUGAACUCUGACCUACAAGAUUGCGGCGAAUCGAAAUAGUGCAUGGAGUCUCUGCAAGGGAUGCUUAAUGGGAUUGGGUUGUAAUUGGGAACCUUAUUAAUCCCUUAGCUUAGCAUUGGUUUGUAAAUAUCCCUUGUUAAUCGAACAGGAUCAUCUAUGCUUCCACAUCAUGAUCUUGAAUUUAACUACUAUCAGUCUCCUUUUUGCUGUCA